UGCAGAUUCGCGCGUGCGCGAGAGAAAGCAGAAACAGCAGCGGCAAGCAGAAAAAGAAGAAGAAGAAAGAAACAGAUAGAAAAAAAAAAAAGAACUAUUCUAGUCUGGUGUCGGUUCUAAUUCAUCUGUUCGCGAUGGAUUCAGCUGCUGAUUUCCCGCCGUUUCAGCAACGGUUGACGUCGUCGCUCGUGCAGGUAACCCGCACCGUUGGACAGUUAUCGGCGGAGGACCUCAAUUUCCAUCGGACAUCGAGCUCAGAAGUGACAGAGUCGCUAGAUGAGCAGAGUGAUAGGCUGCUAUCGUUGACUUCGUCGAUUUUGAAAGCCGCCACUGCCGGGACGGAUGUUUCUGCGCCGGUGUUAUCGGAUGAAGAUUCUGUCGAGGAUAAUUGGCGGAGCAUUGUUGAUGUGAUCGAUGCGCUGUUGGAGAAGGCGGAUGCAUGCCUGGAUGAGUUUACCGGGGUGAUCAAGAAAUUGAGUCCGUCACAGCAGGAGCAAGCUGAAGAGAAAGCCGUCAAGAAAGCGUCGUCGUCAAAUUUCCCGACCAUCUACGACUACGGUCCGUCGAAGAUUCCGAAACCGCAACUGCAGUUCGAGCGCGCUGUGGAUAACUUGAGUUCUGAGCCAUUUAAGCCGUUGUUGAAGACAAAACCGCAUGCUAUUGAGCCCUUGGAGAAGUCUCUGGCGGUAGUUGGCCCUACGCUGUGCUAUAGAAACCCCUACGAGACGGAGAUCAAGGCUGCCAAGUUCCCGGCCUCUACAUAUGCUGCGUCGCCUGCGAUCGACUACCUGCCCUUUGAAUCAACAACCGCGACAUUCGUGGACACUUUAGAGGGAGUGAAGGAGAUGCUGGCGGAGCUGAAGUCCGCGAAAGAGAUUGCCGUCGAUUUGGAACACCAUGAUGUACACUCGUACUAUGGCCUUGUGUCGCUAAUGCAAAUCAGCACCCGAAGCAAAGACUGGGUGGUGGACACGCUCAAGCCGUGGAGAGAGGAGCUUCAGAUGCUCAAUGAAGUUUUUGUCGAUCCCAGCAUUAUCAAACUCUUCCAUGGAUCAACCAUGGAUAUCAUCUGGCUGCAGCGCGACUUGGGACUCUACGUGGUCGGCAUGUUUGAUACCUACCAUGCCGCUUGUGCUUUGGGUUAUCCCAGACGUAGCCUCAAAUUCCUCCUACAGAAGUUUGUCAACUUUGAGGCCGAUAAAAGGUACCAGAUGGCCGAUUGGCGAAUUCGACCUCUUCCAUCGGGCAUGUUCGACUAUGCCCGUUCCGAUACACACUAUCUUCUCUACAUCUAUGAUAACCUGCGCAAUGAGCUUCUUGAACACUCCACUCCCAAAAACGACCUUAUCGACUACGUUCUGGAGAAAUCCAAGAGGGAAGCGCUACAGUACUAUGAGCGCCCCGUUUACGAUGCCCCAACUGGACAAGGCGCAAAUGGCUGGUACGAUUUGAUGACGCGCAAUCCUGCCGUCUUCAGCAAGGAGCAGUUUGCCGUUCUUAAGGCAGUGCACCAAUGGCGUGACCGGGUGGCCAGAGAGGAGGAUGAAGGCGUGCAAUGUGUGUUCCCGAAGCACGUCCUUUUCCGCGUUUCUCAGGCUAUGCCUAUGGAUUUAGGCGUCUUGUUUAGAACGCUCUCCCCAGUGACACCAAUCACCAAAGAUCGCGCCCCAGACCUGCUGGAAAUCAUCAAGAAGGCCAAAGCCGAGGGUGCUACCGGACCCGAAUGGCGCGAUGUAUACGUGAAGCCAAUAAGGACAAACGCACACUCAGUUGCCGAAACUGCACAGGGACUUCUGACGCCCCCUCCCACGACAAGAGAGGCAAAUUUCCCUAUUGCCGCCCGUUGCGAGGUAUCCCAAUUCUGGGGUGCCGUGCUCGAUUCCCCGGAAGAGCUUUCCCACCCUGAAUACUCCAUAGUGGCAUCCGCAGAGGCCCUUCGACUCUCCCUACCCUUGCCACCUCUGCCCAAGACAGUUUCCGAGGCCCGCGAGAAGCUGGCUGUGCAGCAGCAGCCACCAAAACCAACACCCACGCCUACACCAGCACCAGAAGAGGAAGGCAAGAAGAUCUUCACCGUGAAGGAGCUUGGUGGCCCCCGCAAGAGAAAAGCCACACAGAAACAAGAAGAAGAAGAAGAAGCAGCAGCAGCAGCAAAGGAACUCGAAGCGCAAUCCCCCUCACCGGAGCUUGACGAAGUCCCCAUUGAAUACGUCGAUGAUUCAACAAUCCCCUCCAAGAAACAGCGCAGAAAGGAUAAGAAAAACAAGGACAAGGCUGCCCAGCAAACUGCUAAAGCUGAACAGGACACAACAACACCGUUCAACUAUGAUGCAGCGGACUCUGUUCUCAAUGCCAGCCCAGCCCAGACCUCGGGGCUGCCUAAAAAGCGACCUUUCAACCCGUACGCAAAGGCACUCGAAGCGCCGUCUGGAGUCCGGAAGCAGAAGCGGGAAGUGCCUGGAAAGAGCUUUACCUUCAGAUGAUGCCGUUCGAUACCUGUUUGCGAUGUUUUCUUUUCGGAUCCUCAAUGUAACAAACUCAAGAUGGUUGGUUGACUGCAUGAUACAGGGGCGUUUUAUUACCCAUCCCACCCGAUCAAUGUAUAGGUCUAUGGGUGGUAUUGAUGGGCUUGGAUAAAACAUGAUUUAAACGCAUAGCGAUACCCGGUCUGUAGAAGCAGAUGAAAUAAAACUUUUAUCCAAGAUGAAUAAAUGACAUGC